GCACCGGAAGUGAGACGGGCAAAAACAAGAUUACGGAAAGAGAGUGACGUGCGCUUUAUCAGUCAGCAAAACCUGAAGAUUUCAGCCAGACAGCUCCGCUGGAUUAUUGUGUUUUACAGUGUAUGUUUUAGGGGCAAAGAAGAACGUUUUUAAAGACUGCAUAAAGGUCGCUAUGAGUUUGUGAAAUUCACAAUAUGAGAUCAGAAAACUUUCUUAACCUCCAGAGUGUCACCCUUCAGUGAUCAGAAAGCCUCCCUGUGACUCAGCUGUUCCCAGAAUUAGGCAACUCAAAAACAACACCACUAGGCAGAGGUGUGCCGAAAAACUCUCACUUUAACAGUUUACUCCUUCGCAUGUUAGUGAUGGGUGUGGCAUGAAAGCAAGAAAGUACUAAAUUUGAAAGUUUGGAUGUAAUCUGGCUUUUUGGUGCAAGAGAUAAAAGACUAGUUUUUGGGAAAAGCAAACUGACGCUGACAGAUUGUAUUUUUUAUUUUAUUUUAUUUUUUAUCAGUAAUUUAAGAUUUAAAAAAUCGUACUUGCUUUCAACCCAGCUUUAAUUAGAUCUGUUAAUUAUAAGUACACAAUCUCACUUGUCAGGUCAUGGCAGAUUCUUGCCCAGACACCGUUGAUGGUGAGAUUAUAGGCCUUUCCAAGGGACAGCAGUUAAAAACAACCAAAAAUGAGGACUUUAAGGCUGCUAGACCACACGACAAGGAAAGCAGCCAAAAAGAGGGUGACACCAAUACUGAGCAAUCCUCUGGGAGUAUUUCUCACCUUAUGAAAGAUGAUUUCACAGCAUGCAAAGAACCUCCUACAGCCACAGCAUCUCUCGAAGAUGAUGCUAAUGCAGCUCAGUCUGAUAUCCGUAAAAGCCAAGACAAAACCGAUGAAUCUGAGAUCCUCAAUAGCCAAUCCUGCACGCCCAGCCAAUCAGAGGAUGGCAUCCAAGUCCCCUCUCAAGAGAGCAAAGGGGCCUGUGCGGGGGCUGCGAGGGCAUCUGAGCCUAGCAUGCCGGCAUAUUAUUUUGUCAAGUGGAUCACCUGGAAAGAGAAGAAGACGGCCAUUAUCACGCAGAGCGAGAACGGACCCUGCCCCCUAAUUGCCAUCAUGAACAUCCUGUUGUUGCGGUGGAAGGUGAAGUUUCCGGCUCAGAUGGAAGUGGUCACCACCGAAGAGCUGAUGGCUCAUCUUGGUGAAUGUGUGCUGUCCAUCAAACCGCGGGAGAAAGCAGAAGGCAUGGAGCUCAAUUUCCAGCAGAACAUGAACGAUGCGAUGGCCGUGCUGCCAAAGUUGUCCACAGGCCUCGACGUUAAUGUGCGUUUUACCGGUGUGUCGGAUUUUGAGUACACUCCUGAGUGCAUCGUCUUUGAUCUGCUCGACAUCCCGCUCUACCACGGCUGGCUUGUCGACCCACAGAGUCCUGAGGUGGUGUCUGCAGUGGGCAAACUCAGCUACAACCAACUGGUGGAGAAGAUCAUAGAGUUCAAGCACUCGACAGAUAGCAGUCAAGUCAGUGAAGGUUUGAUAGGAGAGCAGUUUUUGGAGUCCACAGCAACCCAGCUGUCGUAUCACGGCCUUUGUGAGCUCAACACGACGGCCAAGGAGGGCGAACUGUCUGUAUUUUUCAGGAACAACCACUUCAGCACUAUGAUAAAGCACAAGGGUCACCUUUACCUGCUGGUCACCGAUCAGGGCUUCCUGCAGGAGGAGAGCGUGGUGUGGGAGAGUCUCCACAAUGUGGAGGGGGAUGGAAACUUCUGUGACUCGGACUUCAGAUUGUGUCACCCUUCCCAGAAACCCUCAGCUGAGAGCCAGCCAUCCACACAACAACAGCAGCAAAUGCAGAUCGACCAGGACUAUCUGGUGGCGAUGUCCCUGCAGCAGCAGCAGGGUGAGGCUCCUGGACCCUUGAGUGAUCUUGAGCUGGCCAGACAGCUGCAGCAGGAGGAGUACCAGCAGCCACAAACUCAACCGCACCAGCCCUCAGCGGGACAGAUGAGAGGUCAGCACGCAGGACAGAGGCGCCGGGAAAAGAAGGACGACUCAGAUUGCUGUAUUCUUUAGGUCAGAGUCCACUCACCUCUCAAAGUCUCUUCUGUACCACUACUGAAACAUGGGACUUCACUCUUAGCGGACCUGUCGUCCCAAUGCCAAGCCUGCCUUUACAGUACAGUUGACCCCUCGUUUUCACCUUUCCUUUAUCCUCAUGGUUGGAACUGUUGCUCAUCGUUGUCUACUGGACCAAAUAAAGGUAGCAAUUGUUUCUAAGCACUAAUGCGCAUUUGUUUGAGUGCUACUGUGGAGCUCCUUACUAUGCCAUUAAAGAUUGAAGUCUGUAAUGGUAAAUAAUCAGGUAUUGUAAUAACAAUUUAAUGUUACACUGAAAUGCUACUGUCUCAAGUUGAUCUGUACAUAGUUACUUGCCAUCGGCUUUUCAUCCAAAGUGAUGUACAGUACAUUAAGUACACAAGGCUCUGUGGAGCUCCCUGGAUCCUGUAAGCUGAGCUAAUAAAAGCCACCU